GACGACGGCAGUCCUUCAUAAACAGCCUGCAGUGUUCUGCUCUGGGGAGUUUAGUUUUAUUCUCACUUUGUGAAGAAAUCUAAAUCUCAUUUUCGGCACUGUGAAAGGAAGUGAUUACUAACUGGACCUACAAAGUUAUUUGUUUAACCUGAAAGAAACCUGAAUUCAGGGUGUGAAUGCUUUGCACCAAAGUGAAAGUGAAAUUCUAAGCAUUUGGAUUGGAGAGAACAACAACAGCAGUAAAAUAAAAUGGCUUAUAAGUUUUCAGAGGAGGAUUUCUCCUGUCCUGUGUGCUGUGAAAUCUUCAAGGAUCCUGUUUUUAUACACUGCAGUCACAGUGUGUGUAAAGUGUGUUUGCAGCAGUUCUGGGAGACCAAAGGAUCCAGAGAAUGUCCUGUUUGUAGGAGGAAGUCAUCUAUGUCUGAUCUUCCCACAAACCUGGCCUUAAAGAACCUGUGUGAGACUUUCUUACAGGAGAGAAGUCAGAGCUCUUCAUCAGCAUCUGAAACAGUCUGCAGUCUGCACAGUGAGAAACUCAAACUCUUCUGUCUGGACGAUCAACAGCCGGUGUGUGUGGUGUGUCAGACUUCAAGAAAACACACCAACCACAAAUUCUGCCCCAUUGAAGAGGCAGUAACAGACUGUAAGGAGGAGGUCAAAACUGCACUGAAGCCCCUACAGGAGAAACUGAAGAUCUUUAAAGACUGUAAACUGAACUGGAGUCAGACUGCAGAACAUAUAAAGAUUCAGGCCCAACACACAGAGCGGCAGAUUAAAGAGGUGUUUGAGAAGCUUCACCAGUUUCUACGAAAUGAAGAGGCAGCCAGGAUCGCUGCACUGAGAGAGGAAGAGGAGCAGAAGAGUCAGAUGAUGAAGGAGAAGAUUGAGAAGCUGAGCAGAGACAUAUCAUCUCUUUCAGACACAAUCAGAGACAUAGAAGAGGAGAUAAGUGCUGAAGACAUCUCGUUCUUACAAAACUACAAGGACACAGUGAAAAGAGCCCAGUGCACACUGCAGCAUCCAGAGGAGCUUUCAGGAGCACUGAUCCAUGUGGCAAAACAUCUGUCCAACCUGAAGUUCAGAAUCUGGGAGAAGAUGCAGGAUGCCGUCCAAUACACACCUGUAACUCUGGACCCCAACACUGUUCAUCCUAAACUCAUUGUAUCUGAUGAUCUGACCAGUGUGAGACUCAGUGAUGAGGAACAGAAACUUCCUGAUAAUCCAGAGAGAUUUGAUGAAUAUUGCUGCAUCCUGGGCUCUGAGGGCUUUAACUCAGGGACACACUGCUGGGAUGUUGAAGUUGGAGACUGUACACACUGGAUUGUGGGUGUGAUGACAGAAUCUACUCAGAGGAAGGGGAAUGUAUUCUCCAGAAGUGGAAUCUGGUGUGUGGAGUAUUAUCAUUGUGAAUAUGUAGCAGGUUUUACACCACAGCCUUUCACUCUCCUCUCAGUAGCACAGAAACUCCAGAGGAUCAGAGUGCAGCUGGACUGGGACAGAGGAAAGCUGUCAUUCUCCGACCCUCUCACUAACACACACAUACACACUUUCACACACACAUUUACUGACAAAUUACUGCCAUUCCUAUAUGUUUAUGGUAAAGAAUCUCCUCUAAAGAUCCUCCCACUUCAGUGCUCUGUAAGAGUGAAUCAGAUCAGUUAGAGCUGAUAUUGUUUUAUUCCGGUUCAUUAAUGAAAUAUUGCAGAUUAAAACAUUUAUGUUCUUUGUGAAAGUUUGUUUUUACAGAAGCACUGAACAGUUUAUUGUGAAAUGUUUUUUCAAGAGCUAUGACGUUAUUUCGACUCGUCAGUUAAAUUAAUAUAAUGUCAAAACUGGAAAUAUUGAUAGAAUAUCUUAUUCUGAGUACUAAAAAAUAUAAUAUCUCAAAAUACUGAUACAUCUUGAAAUUCCUGUUUAUUAAAUGACUAAAUCUUUUUCCCAAAACUUUCAGUUCAGUGCUUCCACAAACAAACAAACCACAGGAUGAAAUUAAAAUUAUAAACGUGUGUUUAAAUGUAGAAUUUGAAAUCUGAAAUAGAUUUAAUUUUAAAGAUGUAUUUUAAAUCAUUUUAAAUAAACUGAGACUUUGAAAGCUCGUGUCUUUACUGUAUUUGUAAAUUUUAGGCUAAUUGUAGAGAUUUAUGUUUAUUUUGUUCUCGUUCUUAAACAAUAUUCACCAAGAUUGUGUGUUAUUGUCUCCUUCUGAGUCAGGUUUAAGCUAGUUUUAAGUUCUUAUUCCCACUAUUAUAUCUAUCAGUAGCCUCAUUAUGGUCUCAUAUAUAACAGGACUAGUCACACUGGGAGAAUAUUAAAGGACUUAAACAUGGAAAUAAAACACAACAAAUAUUUUGGCAUGCUGGUCAUUUUUGCAGGAGAAUCCACUGGAGAAAUAAACAACUUUUGUUAACACUUUCUAUGAAGCGCAUGCUCAUAAUGAAUUAUAGCCCAUGUAUAAUCAUUUAUAAGCAAGUAUUACUGUUCUAUAAUACAUUUAUAAAGACACAUCAAGCCCUAUACUUCAUUAUAAUAAGUUAUAGUUACAUUUAUAUUAUUGUUAUAAUUACUUAUAAGUGAUACACUUGCUUUUUCAAUGUCCAUACUCAUAAUGCAUUAUACACUGAUUUAGACGUAUUAAUUAGUCAGUCUUAUGGUUCCAUGAAUGUAUUUAUAAAGAUACAGGCUGCAUUAUUAUAAUGUUAUUCUAUUAUAGUUAUGUUGCAGGUCCUACCUCCGGAGACCCGUGGACAGAUUACUGUGAAUACAGGAAACAAAGAAGAGAAACGGGAAUCGCGUCUGCUCUCUGCCAGCUCCUCUGUUUGUGUUUUUAUUGUUACAUCAAUAUGCAGCAUUUAACAAACAAUUGUUGUUUGAACAUAAGAUUUUAAAUGCUUUAUUUUUUAUUUCAUUGUGCCUCCUUCUUAAGUUGCUUUACACUGUCUCUUUCUCAUUAAGUCUAUUCAAGCAUAAAUCUUCCACACCGUAUGACAGUUGUGAUGAUGCACAGUAAGUACUCUUAUUCACUGCUCUUGACUACGCCACUCCGAUUUUAUUUGGUGGGAGAUCCCAGGCCAUGUAAAGGGUUUUCCCACAUGGCUAUUCAAAUCAAUCAAUAUCCUUACAGCUAAAUUACUAUAAACACAAUUUCAAUUUCUUUAAUCUCAAGUAGCUUCACUUAAAAGUGGGAUCAAUUUACUUAUACAAAAUGGAAACAAAUAACCACGGAGGAUAUCACAAAAAAAGAAAUUAACACGAAAAAAGAUAGAUUAAUACAAUACACCCAAAAAAAAAAAAAAAACUUCCAUUUUCACACACAACACCUCAAAGCAUAAAAUAAACCAAACCACUUUACACAUGUGAAUGAGAGUGAAUAUGCUUCCUCCCUAUAUAGUUACAAUAAGUAAAGCUGCCAGUAAUAGCCUAGUUGACAUACAGCAGUCAUGGGCCAACAACAACAACAACAAAAAA